AUGAGAGUAAAGCAAUGGAAACGAGGCUGGGUGAUCUUGGCUAUAGCAUGGCUUGUCUCCAGGUUUGUUGUGUGCCCAUGCAGAACUUUCUCCCCGCAGAAAACUUCGCAGCAACAUGGUGUGGGACCUUUGCGUGCAGCGCCAAACAAGGCUGAUGCCUUGACCUUGGCACGACGUCAGCUGAAACUUGCCGUGGACCAGCAAGAAAUGGCAGUGGAAGACUUGCAAACUGCCAGGCAAACAGGAGAUGAGCGGAAAAUCAGGGAGGCGAAGGAGGACGUGAAAGAGGCGAAGGAGGACGUGAAAGAGGCGGAGGAGAAGGUGCAGAAGGCGGAGGAAAAGGUGCAGAAGGCGAAGGAGGAAGUCCAGGAGAAGGUGGACAGGGAUGCAACAGCCUUUGCCAAUGAAUUGGCAUCGAUCGGGCAGCCAGAAGGUUUGGACGCUGGCGUGCAACUCUUCAAGCUCAACCGGUCCUUGACAGCAGACUAUCGUAUGAGUGGCACAGCGAUGCUUUCAAGGAAGACGAUUCGAGUGGCUUGGGAUGCAGCCUUCGAGGAGAUGGAGCAGGGUCAUGCCUUGAGGGUUGCAAUGGUGGGCAUGCCAGGCAUUGGCAAGUCCCGCUCCCUUACCUAUGGCCUGUGGCGGCUGAUGACAAGAGAGGUGCCUCCUGUAGUCGUCUUCGAAGCACGGCGUGGACAGAAGGUGUUCAUCUUCACUUGGCAAAAUAACCAGUGGGUCGUCCGCAGCGUUGCCAUCAACAACUGGAUACCCGCGAAUUGCAAGUACUUGCAGGAUGAGAGGAAUUUCUACCUCAUCGAUGCAUUUGUGCCUGAGCAGUGGGAUGCAAUUUUGCCUGCCAAGACCAUCAAGGCAUGCAGUCCGGACCGGAAGCAUCACUCGGGCUUUGUCAAAGAUGGUGGCAUUUACGUUUAUGUGGAGGCUUGGUCAGAAGCAGAGGUGGAAGCAGCUCAUCCCUACAUUGAUGGCGCCCCAAAGCUUUCUGAAAUGCUGAGGAGGUUCGAGCAAGUGGGUGGCAACCUUCGUGUGUUACUGUCCAAUGUCAUGGAAUACGACAAGUAUGUGCUACUGCAAAGGGAAGACGCAAAGAAUUUGCGCGCCGUGGAACGAGCAGUGCGGGGAGAUUUGGACACUCAAGGAGGGCAGAUGCUGACCAGGCUUUUUACCUAUUUCAGCAAAAAUGGCAGGUCUUCCUGUGUUGGUUUUUGCUCCAAAGGUGCUGCAAAGAUGGUGCUUGACGCUCACUAUGAUGACUUGAUGAAGAUCUGGAGCAAUCCCAAUGACCCGGAGGGAGAUUUCUUGUUUGAACAGUUUGUGGGCACUAUUUUUACAACCAGCCUUCUGGAGGGCCAACGUCUUGACCGCUACAGCAUCACGAGAAAGGCCGGUAAGUGGGACCAUACGAAGUGUCAGCCGUUGAUGCCUUGUGGAUGCCAGCUUCUGGAAUGUGACAGCGAGGUGGUUUUUGACCAAAGGUGGCGUGCAGCGGUAGAGAAAGGUGGGCUGGAGGAAGUGUUGCACACUCCGAAGCAAUACCCCGGGAUUGACUACCUCUUAGAUUUCAACCAUGGAAUACAGGUGACACAGUCGGUGACACAGUCAGACAAGCACAGCAUUGCGCCAAAGUUACUUGAAAAGCUACACACUGCCUUUGAUGGUCACAAAGGCUACAAUUUCACCUUGACCUUCAUGGUAGUUAGGGAGCCUACGAGUUUCAAACCCAAAGAUCUCAAAGAGUUCAAUGGCUUGAUGAAGCUGGCACAGGGGAAAGAACGAGUGUUCAGCAAAGUCUGGGUAGACGUCAUACAGAUGCCGAAGACCAGAGACUCUUUGCCAAAGAAAAAAUGCUGCAAGGGAAGUGCAAGCAGGAGAACCGCUGGUCGUGCUUGGAGCUGA